ACAACACCCGCCACAGUAACUGCUACCAUACCUGUCUGUUUGAAGAGACCGUGUUGUUUGAAGACAUCACACAGGUGUUCUCGAUACAAGCUAAUGCGCAGGACAAGAAUCUCAGAGCCCAACACAUUCUCUGGUGCUGAGUGUUUGACUACUGCUGCGUCCUGAUCCUGAGCUGCUGUUAAGCGCCAAAAUCAACAAGAACCAUCGCAAACGAAAAGGUAGCGCAAUAUCAGUGUUCAGAAAUGGCCUCUGGUUUUGGAGCGACCUGUAGCCCAGGGACACCUUACAGGAGCCACGACGUACAACCAGAUGAAGAUGCUUGUGAGGGUGAUGCCUUGGACCCAGACAGGCUGGUGAAGUGCCCUUAUGACCCUAACCACAUGAUCCGUCAGAGUCGAUUUCCAUAUCACGUUCUCAAGUGCAAAAAGAACCAUCCAGAAUUGACAAGUGAACUGAAAUGCUGUCCCUACAAUGCACGACAUAUGGUGAUGAAGGAGGAACUGUCUAAACAUAUGGCCACCUGUGUUGAUCGGAAAAUGCAGGAAAACGAAAGGGCUGGAAAAUCAGAUGUGCUAAAAAAAUAUGAUGUACCAGUCAACACCAUGACUUUCCCCACCAGCGAGGACUGGGAAAAUGAGGAAGAGACUAGCACAACCCUGUUUGUGUGGGGGGUGACUUCUCAGAUCCGCCCCAGCCCCAGUCCGCAAGUCACAAACAACCUGAUUCCUGGACUCAGAACUCCACAUGUUCUCCCAUGGAAAUCCCAUGGCUACUAGAAGUUGUUACUGUUGGUCAACAAAUCUGUUUUUAAAAGAUGACUUGAGUAAAGAUGUUUCUAAAAUGAA